AUGGCAGUGUCUUCAUUUUUGAUGAGAAUUGAUUUAUUUUAUAUUUUGGCAGUGUUUAUUGUCGUGUUACAGACUUGUAAUCCACCAGCUGCAGAUAAUUCACCAGCAGCGCUUAGUUCAGAUGAUGAUAUACCAGCUGUAGAUGCUAAUGUGAAGGAUUUGGAAAGUCCCCUAGACGUAAAAAAGGUUGGAGUUCAAGAAGAAACCCGAAAGGCGCAGAAGGACCCGAAAGAUGACCCGGUGGGUUGGGUUAGUUCGCUGAUUCCUGGAGCUGGUCACAAGGUUAAUUACCAACUUCUAAAUUGGGCCCAGCAGUUAGCUGUUGGGGAUGAAAAGCGACAAGGAUUGCCUGGUAAGAAUAACGCGGUUACUAAGAAGCAGUUUUUAUCAUUCCUUCGAGAUGGAACACUUUUAGCCAAGUUAGCUAAUGUUCUCGAGCCAGGUACAGUCGAGACUGUAUAUGAGGGUGACGCUGCCAAGGAUAAGGUGAACCAGGAGUCCAAUAUAAAAGCCUUUAUCUCGUUUGCCAAAGAUAAAGCCGGUCUCUCAGAUGAUCAGGUAUUUACAGUAGCAGAUCUUCAAGACCGAGGUAAAACAGGGUAUAAUGCAGUUUUCAAUACACUUAUGCAACUGGGCCUUAAGACAAAGACUACAUUUGGACAGAAGGGAAUUGAAAUGGAGCAACUUGUCCAGCAAGCUUCACAAGUUGUGCAGACUAAUCUUAUCCAGACAAUUUUGGGUUUCUUCAGAAGAGCACGACCAACUCAGACUCCGAAAAAGCUGGCAAAAGAAGCGGAAGAAAAAGAAAAAGUUGCUGCCGCUGUAGAAAAGGUCCAUUUUAAAUAA